AUGUGGUGUGCACAACAGUGCAGUCAAAAUGUUCUAUGUCGAGUAUUUGUCUACAAUGAAAUAACAUUGAAUUGCCAAUUAUAUCAAAGUGAUUUGUCAUCUGGCAAUAUUACAUCUGUUCCAGGAUCAACAUCGCGAGUAGGUCGUAUACGAUAUCAACCUCAACUUUAUUUAGAUUAUAAUCGAACAUGUGAUCGAUGUCAAGUUAAUCGUUAUUUGACUUGUCAAAAUGCAAAGUGUCAAUGUCCUCCACCAACAACUUUUUGGAAUGGACAGUUGUGUCAAAACCAAUUGUCUUACGGUAAAACAUGUAAUUCAUCAUCUUGGUGUCGACAGGAUUGGAAUUUGACAUGUGUAUUUAGAUCAUGUCAACCCAAUACAGCAAUCUGCAAACUGGGUGCAACAGCCAUCACAUUUGAUGAUGAUAUUCUUAGUAUGAGUAGCCUAAAUGGUUUUAUUCCGUCAAGCUAUCAAAAUCUCAGCUGGACAAAUGCAAAAUAUUUAAAUGCAACCGGACUGCCCACUAGUGGUUAUCGAUAUGUUUGUGUCUCUGGUGAAUAUAUCUGUUGGUUCAAUGCUCCUAUGACAAUAGAAACAUUGAUAGCUAAUAGAACAUUUACAAUAAAUUCAUUUGUAACAGCUGCUGGAUGGUACGAUUCAGUGAGUUUAUCUAUUAUCGGAUAUUUUUCUUCAACACAAAUGUAUACAACUACACUCUCACUUAAUACAUAUACACAAAGAAUAAUCGAAUUGAAUUGGUCUGGAAUAACAAAAGUUGUAUUCAAUCCAUCUGGAUCAGGAUAUUACGAUACUGGAAUAGAUAAUUUAUGUAUUACGUUUUGA